UUAAAACGUGAUAACGAUUGAUUGCUUCUACCGCUACUACAUAAAGGGGAAAUAAAAAAAACUCAGAAUUUCUGUAAAAGGGAAAAUGUUGAAGUGUUAGCACCGCCCGCGUUUCGCAUUCAAGCGAAACGUUGAGUCCAACAUAUUAUGGAAGGGCCACACCGGAAGUAAUUGACAACAAGCAUGGUUGGCGUUGAAUGAAGUGCAACUCGCCUCACACAGCUACGAUGAGCAGCUGCAGAAGAGUCUGUUCUCUGCGAUUGAGCGCUGGACUAAACUCUUUAUUUCACCGGGUGAAAACACAGGCCAACUGCGGCCGAUGUCCGUCUUUCUGCCGGACUCAUGGCACCGCUCCAAAACAGGGCCCAGACCCGGGGUCAGAGGUUAAGCCAAGGUUGAGAGCCAUAGACCUGGCGAGGAAGAUCCAGCAGGAGAAGGCGAAGGAAGUAGCGGAAGCCGAGCCGCAAGUAUCCAGUCAGAAGAAGAGGGUGAUCGAACUGAAGCAGUUCAGCCAGAAGCUCCAGAAGGUCCAUCCAAAUGUCCUGGCUAAACACCUGAGCCAGGCGGUGCUGUACCAGGACAAAGAUGUGGUCAUCACCAACAAACCUUAUGGUGUUCCUCUCAGAGAUGCCGCCGGAGUCACAUCUGUGGCGUGUGUUCUUCCUGUGGUUGCCAAGAUGAUGGAGGGCACCAAGGUCAGGAGUGAGGCUCAGUUGCUGCCCUCCCUGGCACUGGAGAAAGAGGCGACAGGAGCGCUGCUGCUCGCCAGGAGUGAAGGGGUGGUGGAGCACCUUCUGGGUCUGUACCGAAACAACCUCCUCCAGAGGAAGUACUGGGCGAUCACAGUUGGCGUCCCGGUGCCAGCCGAAGGAAUGAUCGACAUCCCCCUCAUAGAGAGAGAGGUCACGGGAGCUCAGCCUCACUACAAGAUGGCGCUGAGUCCUCUGUACAGAAUGAAUGAGGAAGGUGAUGGGGUGACCAAAGUACGGGGCAACCGUCAAGCCAUUCCUGCCGUCACCAGGUACCGUGUUUUGGAGAGUGCCAAUGGCUGCAGCCUGGUGGAGCUACAGCCGUUCACAGGAGUGAAGCACCAACUGAGGGUGCACAUGGCCUUUGGCCUGUCCUGUCCUAUUUUGGGGGAUCACAAGUACUCGCACUGGAGCAAACUGGCACCGCAGAAACUUCCAGAUCGGGUGCUGGGAAAACUUGGACUGGAGCAGAGCAAGAUUCGACAUCUUCCUCUUCACUUGCAUUCAAAGCUGCUGGCAAUUCCAAGGAAGGAUGAAUCUGAAAUCAAAGUGUCGUGCCCUCCACCCAAGUUCUUUAAGCAAACCAUGAGUCGACUCCAUUUGAUGUUUCCUGAUGAAAAAAAGGACAGAUGAUAUUUUCUGCUUGAAAACCUGUUUCUCUUGAACUUAAACUCACAGGAUGUGCAGUUAAAUGUGACGAUUCUGUUUUUGUAAAUAGAAACAACGGAAGUAGACUUUGGUGUUUGUCUCAAUGCGGCAGUCAUUUAAGUAAAAACAUUUU